AUGUCUGCGUCCAUGAGACCCAGUUCAGCGCCAACUUCAUCGAGGUCGGAAAAAGCGCUGGACACCACAGUGGCAGAACUGAAUUUUGAAGUCCCAGCAGAAAGUGGACAGACACAGCCACAUUAUGUUCACAACCAGAUCAUCCCAGACGAACUGCUGGUCAGCCUUACCUCCACAGUCUGCAACAGGAACACAAUGGGACACACUGCACACCAUCGGCACUGCAAGGCAUGUGGAAUCAGACGGCCAGAUGCAGUCUGGCAACACCCGCUAGGACGCAAGAAAUAUAAAUACUUUCUGGAGCAGCCAACAUCCCUGACUGGAGCUGGCAGGGAUAUUUCGUUCCUGUGUGAUGCUGUGGUUACCCAGAAGAGGACAACUCCCCUCCCACCACUGACUGAAAGGAGCAGCACCGGUGACACGCAGAACGUGAAUGUUUCAGAGAGUCUGAUCCCAGAAGAAUAUCACAUUGUGAAAAACAAAGGGCUGCGGAGUCUGGAGUUCUUUGAGGAUGCGUUCACAGUGCAACUGCAGGAUGAUGAGCAGAAGCUACGUGUCUUUCCAUCACUGAGGCCCAGUGGCAGACUGGAAGUGGUUCAUCUGAUGAGGAUGAUGGACGACAUGCUGGAAAAGGCUGGAGUGGAUCAACAGAGUCAGGAACUAACUGAGCUCUCCCAGAUGGAGGGUCUGCUGGAGCUUGUACAUACUGAGCAGAACAUCUACAACAUUGUUUUCCAUGAACUGAUCAGGCAGGUCAGUGUGGGAUGUGCCGAGAGAGGACAGCUGCUUGCCAAACUCAGACAGCGCUACCAGUCUUUGCUUGAGCGAAUCCCCCGCCGUCUGAAGGCUCUGCACACGGAGGGAGUGGCACAGCGGGCUCUGGAUCGCCGGCUAACCGAGGAAAUCCACCGCAUCAAGACAUCCAUCCAGCAGCUCAGCAUAGAGCUGUCCAGGAUCAGAGACCAUGAUGCCUUUGUCUCCCACCAGGCGGAGCGUGCUCACCAGCAGCUGGCUGAAGCGAUUGAUCAGACUCACACUAACACAGAUGUGGUUCAAGGUUACCAUGAGCUGUAUGAGCUGCUGAGGGCUCGCCUUGAGGCUCAGCUGCUCCAGAUGACUGAGGAGAAAGACUGCUGGAAGCAGCGCACCUUCUGCCUUGCCCUCAAGGUUAUCAGUGUGAAGAAGCUGGAGCUAGUCAACCGGCUGCAUUUCAGUGAGCUGAGCUGGUUUAAGACAGCAGAGCAUUGCACCAUGUACCUCACUUCAAAGGACACAGAGGACCUGGAUAUCAUAAUAGAGCUUGCAGACUACUGGAGAGAACAUCUGACUGCUUUCAUGUGUCAGCUGAAGAAGACUGAGCAUGCUCAGUGUGACCAGAUCAGUGCCAUCCAGCAAGGCAUCGCCAAGUGGCUCGCCUUCUGCACCACAAAGAACAAGUGUACUGACCCAAAAUAUGAGAACGCUUCAGUGGAAGGGAUUCAUGCUGAUAUGAAGCAGUGGUCAGAAACAUUGGCCCUGCAGUGUGAGCACUAUCAAGGUGAAGAGCUGCUUUGCUGCCAGCAGACAUUAGGCGAACUUGACUGUGUUCAGGAAAGGUGGAUGGAUAUGAGCCUUCAGCUGUUCAGAAGACACCUGGGCCCUCAUGAUGAACCUCCUGCAGGCGAGCAGGUCAUAAGGGAGCUGGGCAGGGUUAUACCUGAGCAUCACAAACAGCUGGAAACUCAAGCUAGUGGAGAGAGUGGAUUCCAUGGACUGAUCAUGUCACUGCACGGGUUGAUGGAGUCCUGGGUAGCAAAGCUUGGGGCAGUGAUUGGCCGUCCAGAAAUGAUGGCUGUCUUUGAUUGGCUAAGGCUGGAAAACGCACUGCGGAAUUGGCAAAGUUUCGCUGAAGAAGCCAUGCAGAAGAUCUCCAUUGUGCAGACAGUAAAUGAAAAGGACAAACAAAAGGUGUUAGACCAAGUGCAGGAGUUCAUAACCAGCCUGUCCAGUUUCACUGACUGUGAGAACCAUAGACUAAUGGAGGAGGUUACUUCCAUUAAAUUGGCUCAGACCCACUGGAUGUUGGAUAUGUUGCUUCUUUUAGUCCCUGACCAUAGUGAGGAGCAGAGCCAAGAACAGGAACACCAAUACAUUACAAACAUCUCACUACAGAAACUGGAUGAGGAUGCCAAAGUGUUGGCUGAGAAACUGGACUUUUUUUCAAGAUACAUAACCAGCUCAUGCCAGCUGAUUGUGGAGGAGCAGAUUCUGCAGAACCCACAUCAAGUUAAGGAUGAAAAUGAGAUGAAUGAGUUCAGAAAGUUGCAGACAGACUGCACGGAUUGGGUGGAGACUUGUAUGAUCCUGCUCUCAGGAGUAGAAGGUGGCUCUGUGGAGCUGUCUGUCAGACAGGCUGACCCCUCUUCCAGCAGUGAUCUGCCUGUCUCUCCAGCAGACAGCCUGGAGUCUCUGGAGAACAAAGAGGUUUCAGCUGAACCUGCAGCAGAUAAUGAAGUCCAAGAGGUCAAAGAUGAGAUUCAAGCAGAAUCGAGCAAGGCCCAUUCUAUUGCCACAGUGAGGCAUACCAUGAACAAAGUCAGGGAUGCUAUUGCACACCUCAACCCUGGUCAGGUCCCUGUGAUAACUGCAGACCAGCCUAUUUAUUCUAUUGCCAAACAAGUCCAGUGGCACUGGCCUGACCUGUAUGGUGAGGACAAAUUUGUUGUAAUGUUUGGCGGUCUCCACAUAGAGAUGGCUGCAUUCAGAUCACUUGGGACCCUGCUUCAGAGUAGUGGGUGGACAGGUGCUCUUGUGGAGGCUGGGGUGGCCUCUUCAGGAACAGCUGACUCCUUUCUUUCUGCCUCAAGUGUCACAAGAACACGCCACAUGCACCAAGUUACAGCAUGCUGUCUGUACAUGCUCCGAAAGGAAGCAUAUGAGUACCACUGUGCAGAACAGAAUGAUGGAGCGCUGAAUUUCAAUGACUGGUGUGAGAAGUGCAGGAAGGAGAGUCCUCAGUUUCAAUUCUGGGAGCUUGUGUUGUCAAUGGAAUUGGUGAUUUUCUCGCUGGUCAGGUCUUUCAGAGAGGCUAACUUCAACUUGUAUUGUCAAGCACUGUCUGCUCUAAUCCCCUUCUUCUUUGCAAACAACAAUGUGAACUAUGCUCGAUGGCUCCCCAUUCACCUCAGAGACAAGGUUUCUUUGGAGCAAACUCACCCUCAGAUUUUCAAUGAAUUUCAGCUGGGAAAGUUUGUGGUCCACAAGACUCACAGGGAGUUCCCAGGCAUAGCCAUUGACCAAGCUCACGAGCAGGCUAAUGCAGUUGUUAAAGGUGAUGGUGGUGCCAUUGGAGUUACUGAGGAUCCAUCUGCACUGAGGCGGUGGAUGGUGUCUGGACCAGAAGUUAGCCAGUUAGUCAACCAGUAUGAGUUGGCAUCUGAGGUCAAUGAAGCAACUGAAGAUAUCAGGCAUCAUGAGCAGACUCGUCAGUCUCAGAAGUCCUUCACUGACAAGGUCCAGAGGUUGUUUGCUGUGAUGAAGGAUCUGGGUAAUCCUUUUCAGGAGGAGUCCAAAGAUCUGCUCACAUUGGACACAAAAAACAUUGCACAUCCCAGUACUGCUGAGCUUGUAAGAACUCACUUUGAGAAAGGUCAAGUUGCCUUCAGAGACUUUUUCAAUGGUCUGGGUGAUGAGACUUCCUUCUAUAGGCCGAUUAAAAAGAACAAAGUUGACUUCUUUCGCCAAGAAGCAGCUUCAGCUUGCAGUGACAUGAAGAAGCAAGUACUCAAAGAUGACUGUCGCCUGUUCUCACAGCACUUUAUAUCCUGCCAAUCACGAGAGUGUGACCUGCUUGAGUUCUUUAAGCAUGAGAAUCAGUCUUUCCCUGCAGCACUGAGCGACACAAGGAAACUCUACUACGGCCAGAAGUCUCAGCUUGCAAACAUUUUGGAAGCUCCCAUUUCUCCUCCUGACAAACAACCAGAAUGUGGUGCUAUUAUCAUUGAUGGUUCCUCUCUUGUGUAUUCAUUGUCUCCAAAGACAUCAAAGACCUUUGAGGAAUAUGCUGUCCAAGAUGUAGUUCCAAAGAUCCAGGCAUACUCAUCAAAGUAUGAGCGAACAGACAUAAUUUUUGAUGUCUACUGGACUUCAAGCCUGAAGGCUGAAACAAGGCAAACAGAGGAUGCAGGCUUGGAAAAGAUCUGGAUAGAAUUUGGCCAGGGUCAGUCCAUUAGGUGGUUGCCAAUUCAUGAUAUGGUGGUGAAUCUUGGCCCAGAGAAAUCCAAUGGCAUGCUGUUCUUCCAUGCCUUCACUGGCUGCGAUGUUGUGUCAGCUUUCCGUGGUAAAAGCAAGAAAAGUGCAUGGCAAGCAUGGGAGGUUUGCCCUGAAGUUAGUCCUGUCUUCAAAAAGCUCAGCCAAUACCCACCUAUCAUAGAAGAUGCAGACCUCAACAUCCUUGAGAAGUUUGUCAUCACCAUGUAUGACAAGCAAAGUACUACAUGCAAGGUUGAUGAGGCAAGACUGGACUUGUUUGCUCGGAAGCAAAGGUCUUAUGAUGCCAUUCCACCAACAAGCGCAUCCCUCGUUCAGCAUGGGGAGCUAAUGGUUUGUGAGAGUCCAGUGGUGAAUUUAAUUGACUAUGACGGAAACAUCACACAAAGGAAGCUGGGAGAGAGCAGUGUGCGGCUGAGUGGGACUGAGGAACUGGUUGUGUCUCCAGCAACAGAUGAAGCACAGAAAGCUUUUAGUGAUCUGACCACAGUAGGAUUACUGCAACAGGAACUGCAUGAGUCUGAGCUGCAGGUUCAGAGUGCUGAGCAGCGUGCUCUGAAAGCUGAGGAGGCCCUCCAGGCAGCACUAGAGACGAUUAAAGACCUGGAGAAACGACUGGAGGAUCAAUCCAGCCUGGAGCCCAAAAGUAGUGAUGAGAAAAAGGAAGUACCACCACCUUCCCCACCACCAGUAACAGCCCCAGCUCCUCCAAAGAAAACUGCUUCUGAAGCCAAAUCAUCAAGCAGCCCCAAAAAGACCAAGAAACGCUGA